UGCCUUUGUGAUAAGACACAAGCCAGUACAAUUCCAGAGAAAGACACAAUUGAAGCAUGAAAAAUAUCCUGAGUAUUUUUUCUCUGGGGCUUGUGUUACUCUUCGUAACUGUGCAAACCGGAUGCAAUGGACAAAAGGAUCCAGGAAACAAUGGAGAGUUCAGAGGUUUGCUCGGGCCCAUCAAGAGGUUUGAGUGCGCAUUCCUGAAACCGGUGAAGUUUAUAAUCCCAUGGUUUCCUAAAUGUCCGAAUUCACAAUCGAGGAACUCUGACUCUGAUUCCUCGAGUUUAUCUUCGUCGUCAAGCUCAUCCUCGAGUUCGUCGUCGAGUUCGGAAGAAGUGCAGCCUGAAGUAGAAUCGCCCGAGCAAUCACCAGAGGAACAGUCUCCAGAAGCAGCAGGAUCAUCUGAGGAAGCGCCUCCACCGGAACCAGAACCUGAAUCAGAAGCAGAACCCGAAACCGCAGCAGAACCAGAACCCGAGUCCGAGUCCGAGGUUGAAACAGAACCCAAAACUGAAUCAGAACCAGAACCUGAGCCCGAGACAGAAUCAGAACCAAAACCUGAGCCCGAGAUAGAACCAGAACCCGAACCUGAGGCCGAGACGGAACCAGAACCGGAACCCGAGGCCGAGACAGAGCCAGAACCCGAGGCCGAGACAGAACAAGAACCCGAGUCCGAGUCCGAGGUUGAAACAGAACCCGAAACUGAAUCAGAGCCAGAACCUGAGCCCGCUGCAGAAUCAGAACCCGAACCUGAAUCAGAAUCAAAACCUGAGCCCGAGACAGAACCAGAAGCUGAACCCGAACCUGAAUCAGAACCCGAACCACCGCCAGAAAAUCCGCCAUCGGAACCGGAACCGCUACAGGAGGAAACAGCACCAGAACCAGAUAAAUCGCCUGAGGAACAGCCAGUAGAAGAUAAUUUCUAUUAUUACGACGGCGAGUUAACGCAGUUCAGCAUUCAAACAAGAACUGACAAUGACUUGACAGUAGACAACCGAAACUGUGAUGAGCUCCCUUGUAAUUUCAACUGGGUUCACGAUGUCACUGCUGACGACGAUAUUAUGAUGACAUAUGAAGUGCGAAUGAUGGGGAAAAUCCUGGAAUCGACAAUGCAAAAUCCUGUCGGAUUCUGCGAUGCCAGUAGAAAACCACGGAAUUCCGUCGACCACGCAAUGUGGAAAAGUAUUUCGUCGAUGGUUGCCAGCGGCACCGACACUUGUCCGAUAGCAGCUGGCACGUAUGAACUGGACGAACCUAUACCAGCACUUGCUUACGCAUCCAAAACCGAAUUUGCGUGCACAUUUUUCACUGUUAAUUUCGAAUUAUUCCAUAAUGGAUCGAAACCAUUUGCGGAUGGAGAAAUGUAUUACGCCAUAAUUGACGUUGAAUCAGAUGAAGAAAAAUGCGAUAAGUUUUUCAGUGAGUCGAUUCUAUGAAUUUUCAAUUUUCAG